CACAAAGAUCCUGUAUACACAUCAACAGCGCUACUAACCGUUCAAACGGCCACAAGCACGAACGAACAAAGAAGCACAUCUACACAACGUACUCACGCAUGCACCCGCACCCCAAUACACGCACAUACAUACGCACACAUAUACGCGAUGCACGCUCUCCCGCGGAACCCCCCAAAAAAAGAAAGUCCAAAUCUAGUAUGCAGAAGCGGAUAGACCAUGUAAUUUGCCGAUUUGCGCACGUUACGCUGGUUUGUUUACUUGUGUUUCCCCGUGUACGUUCGCGCGCGUAUGUGCGUUGUCUUGUUGCCCGUUCCGAAGGUGCGUGCAUUGCGAUGUGGGUAAUUUCCUUGUAUUAUUGUCCGCUUCACCUUCCAUGUUAGCCAUCAUCU